CUUGGCUGCCCCACAAAGCACUGAGUGCCCUGGGCACAGAGUACUAUGGGGGGGUUCCCAGUCAGGUGCUGGGCUUGUUGUUUGGUGGUUCAUGUCCUUAGGAAACGUUACUUUCCUUUGUUCAUUAUCUCCUGCAAGAUGAUGAGUUCUAAUAAGGAGGAGGUCACUUUGGGCGCUUUUCUCCAGUAUAUUGAAGAUAUGGGGAUGAAGGCCUACGAUGGCUUGGUUAUACAGAAUGCAUCAGACAUUGCUCGAGAGAAUGAUCGCAUGAGGAAUGAAACAAACCUGGCUUACUUGAAAGAAAAGAGCGAAAAACGCCGAAAACAAGAAGAAGCAAUAAAACGCAUAGGUGGAGAAGUAGUGAGAGGAAAUGAAGGAAGCUACGUGGGGAAGCAUUUCCGCAUGGGAUUUAUGACAAUGCCUGCUCCUCAGGACAGACUGCCACAUCCUUGUUCCAGUGGCUUUGCCGUAAGAUCCCAAUCUCUUCAUUCUGUUGGAGGAACCGAUGAUGAAAGUAGCAGCUCUCGGAAGCAGCCACCACCAAAACCUAAGCGAGAUCCCAACACCAAAUUGAGCACCUCAUCUGAAACAGUCAACACUGGAACAACAAGUAAGAGUGGGAAACUACCGGACAGGACUGAAGUGUCAGCCAAACCAAGACCUCACAGUGAUGAAUAUACAAAGAAGAUUCCACCUCCUAAGCCGAAACGAAAUCCAAACACUCAGUUAAGCACAUCUUUCGAUGAAACUUACAUCAAAAAGCAUGGCCCUAUGAAGACACCACUCACUAGGGAUGCGUCCUUGUCACAGGUCAGCAGUCCUGCCCCAGACACAGAGGAAGAAGAGCCUGUUUAUAUUGAAAUGGUUGGGAAUAUACUCAGAGACUUCAAAAAAGAUGAAGAUGACCAAAGUGAAGCAGUCUAUGAGGAGAUGAAAUACCCUAUAUUUGAUGAUGUAGGCCAAGAUUCAAAAUGUCAAUGUGAAUACGACCAUCACACUUGUUCUUCUCAGUGUGCUACUCCCACAGUGCCUGACCUCGAUUUCACCAAGACUUCAGUGCCAUCUACUCCCAAGGGCUUGCUUUGUGAUAUACCCCCACCAUUUCCAAAUCUGCUUUCUCACAGACCUCCACUGCUGGUGUUCCCACCAGCACCAGUGCAGUGUUCCCCAAAUUCUGACGAGUCUCCUCUAACUCCGCUGGAGGUCACAAAGCUUCCUGUUUUAGAAAACGUGUCUUACAUAAAACAACAAGCUGGAGCUUCUCCAUCUUCAUUGCCACCUCAUACACCAGGCCAUCAAAAACUGGAGAAAGAGCAGAUGGUAUCUCAUGGAACUAGCACCCCUGGGCACACCUCUUCACCUCCUCAUCCUUCUACGUUAUACAGAACACAGUCUCCACAUGGUUAUCCUAAAAGUCACUCUGCCUCACCCUCUCCUGUCAGUAUGGGUAGGUCUCUUACCCCUUUAAGCCUCAAAAGACCUCCACCUUAUGACUCUGUACAUUCAGGAAGUCUCUCAAGAAGCUCUCCAUCAGUGCCUCAUUCUACAGCCCGAAAUACAUUGCAAGAAGGAGGAAAGAUGGUAAAUGUCUCAGUCAGUACCUACGGGUCAUCAUCUCAGAGCAGUUCCCGCUCUCGGACACCUACCAGUCCUCUGGAGGAAUUAACCAGCCUCUUCACCUCAGGACGAAGUCUCCUGAGGAAGUCCUCUAGUGGCAGAAGAUCUAAGGAACCUGCAGAAAAACCGCUGGACGAACUGAAGAUCAGAAGUCACAGCACUGAACCACUACCAAAGCUGGAAAACAAAGAGAGGGGAGGCCACCAUGGGACAGCUUCUUCCAGGGAGCCAGGGAAAGCUCAGGAAUGGGAUGGAACGCCGGGCCCACCCAUGGUCUCCAGCAGGCUGGGGAGAUCCUCUGUCAGUCCAACCAUGUUGGCUGGAAGCAACAGCUCAGAGCCUAAAGCAAGUUGCAGAUUAGGUCGGUCUGCAUCCACAUCAGGUGUGCCUCCUCCGUCCGUUACUCCGCUCAGGCAAGCCAGUGAUCUUCAGCCGAGCCAGAUCUCGGAAUUUACCUUUUUGAAGAGCAGCCUUGAAAGGAUUUAACCUACGUGUUGAGUUGGAACAGUGUGUUUCAGUAUUUCAAAAAAGUGUCUUAGCUCAACAGGGAAAUGUGUGGGAAGGAUGCAGCAGCCUAAGAAGCACAAUGCAUGUGGCUGUUCCCUGGAAGUGACUGACACUCACAGCCCCUGGAAGCUGCUGAGAUGUUCAGAACAUCAGCAGGAAGACAAGGAAACAGGCAGGUCAAACCCAUUGUACAUCCUAGAUUGUGAGGGAAAGUAAGGAGAUUCUCGGCGUACUUAAAGGCAAAGCAGACAGUGGGCACAAGCAAUGCUUUUAUCAGCAAAAAGGAAAGAAAGUAGCAAGGAGAUGAGAAGAAAGGAAGCAGUGAAGGGCAGCAACCUUGGGGCUUGCUCUUGUAGGACUUUUGGCUGUGUGCCUCUAGAUCCCUGCAGAGAGGGCUCAGACAUGGGGACAGCAGCCAAAGCACAGCCCUUUCAGCCAGUCCUUCUUUUUGAGGGUCAGAGUUGUGCAUGAGGGUGAAGAAAUUAAUGUGAUGUCCUCAGAAAUUUAGAACUAAUAUUCCCCAUAAAAGACUUAGACUGUCCAUGAAAUGGAGAGAUUAAAAGCCUUAGAAGUUUAAAUGUUUAAUUGAACAAAUGUUACUAAGCUAUACCUCUUGCAGCUUAUGAAACAGAAUCAGUGAGAUCACUGUUCUAUCCUGCCUGCAACAAGAAACUAAAAAUUUACUGGAAGUUCUUCAUCUCCAGCUCCUACAGCAUUGUACAUGGUUCUACUGAAAAUAAUUAAAAACUUACUGUAGCAUUAAAUAUAUAAUGUAGCUAUGUGGAAUUAUUUCAGUCUAAGCAUCUGUAAGUUGCCUAUAAAGGAUUUCAUUUGGUAGCAUUCCUUCCUCUUUAGGGAAUUUUUCUUUAAGGCAUUUCUCAUAAAUUUGUUUAUUCUCUUCUAAAAUUUCUAAAUUCACUUCAAAGCUUGUUCUGAGAUUUUCGUGUGCAAACAAUUAGCUUAGUCACACUAAGAGGGAUACAGUACCAGAACAACAACAAUUGCAAAGUUUAUUUCAAAUGCUGUUGCAACCACUAUUAAAGACAUUGUGCCUUGGUUUAAAAAAAAAAAAAAAAAAAAAAAAAUUAACAAAAACAGAAGCAUGCAAUUUCCUUUUUUUUCCCUUUUCUGUGUGUAUUUAUGUUUAACUCAGGGGAAGAAUUUUAUAAUAUUCUUAAAGGAAAAGUAGAAAUAAAAAUGGCAUGGAUUCAUGAAAGCAUGGGUUUAUAUAUAGGCAUUCUCUGUAAAUGAACCAACUAUUCUGUACUUUAGGUAGAACACCCUUAUCUGUCUGCUCGUGCACAUUUCAGUUACCUCCAUGCACUUCCACUUGUCUUACCUGUUUUGUAUAUGAACAGAAUGUAUUGUACCAUGUUUUCUGUUCAAACUGUGUGUGCCUGAUGCAUAAAACAACGCAGAUCAGCAAGGUUUCCCCCUCCAUCUGCACUGCCACAAACCAUCCAAGCUUUGUUCUCAUGGUUGUUGCCAUUUCACCUGAAUCUUUUGAUGUCUGUAUAGCCUUAUACAGUAUAUUGCACUUACUGUACCUGUAUAGUAUCUCGUCUGUAUACUGUAUGCACAUAAAUAUGUAUAUUCACUCAUGUAUGUAUGUAUAGUAUGUUUAUAUACCUAUGUAUAUGUAUGUGUGUUUGUUCAUAAUCUUUCACUAGAACUGUGUGGCUAUUCAUGUACAUCCUGUGUGUGCCAACUAUGGACAAGUAUGAAUGCCAGCACCCACUUUUGAUAACUUACUUUUAUUCUCAUUUUGUCUCGUUAAACAAUGAAAAUAAAAAUGUCAUGUAUUUUAAAUGAGAUCCUUAAAAGAUUAUUAUUUUUACUAAUGUAAAGUUUUCAGCUUUUCAGUAAAAAAAAAGUAAUAAUAAUGUGUAUAUAUAUAUGUAUAUUUUUAACAGAACCAAAAUUGCAAAGAUACUUGUAUUUUUCAUGACAGCUUUUUAUGGUUGAAAAUUAUUGGGUAACAGUCCACACUCUGUAGGCUUGAUUCAUGCUGGCCAGGUGUCCCUUGGUUUAGAAAUACUCUUACCCAGUCGGGCUCUCAUGCAGCAAAUCCCAGUCGGUACUGAAGGAGGACUUGCACAUACAAGUGCUGGAUAGAGAAGGGCCUUACUCAGCCUGUAAAUUGUCUCCAGUGCAGGUGAGCUCUAGGAGCAGUUUCAAUACCGUACUUAAUGAAUCAAUUUUAUAGCAACAUUUUGGAAACGGUUUGUCAGCUAUGAUUUCAAACUGCCUCUUAUGCUUUGCAGUCUAUAGUAACACACAAUGCCAAUUGAUUAGGCAUUUAUUGAAACAGCUAACGAUCAUUUACUGGCCCUUUACUUAAUCACCACACAACUGAAUACAGGCGAGGUUAACUUGCCUUAACUUCCCUUGCCCAGAAGGGCAUUGACAUCCCUUUAAAUCAAGGGGACGAUUGAUACGUAUUUUCCAGUUGAGCGUGUAUUUGUUCUUCACUGCAUUGGAGCUUCCGUAACAGUGGUAUGUGUUUCUGUCUGAGGCCUGGGAGUGAUAAAUUCAUUUCCUUUGACUUUAAUCCUAUCAUCGUAUUGUCUUGUCCAGCCAGACCCGUCUCCAUGCACAGUACAUUACUGCAGCAGUGUGGCAGCAGCUACUCAGAAAAAAAAUCUUACAAGAAAGAUCUUUAUGCAGGAAAUAGUAAGGAAUUUCCAGUGUGACAGAGUCACUGUUAUGAAAAACCUUCACCCCAAACAAAAUUGCGUCAUAGAAAAUCCUUUCCAUUUUUUUUCUAUUCAGUUACAAGGUUAAAUUCUGACCUCGCUCACGUCAAGAGCAAACUCCCAUUUCACUCAUAAACUACAACUGGAAUGUCCGAGGAAUGCUUUUUCUCAACAAAAAAUAAUAUGGGGAAAGGAUACAUUCCAUUAGGCAAGCUUUGUGUACAUGGUCCAGCAGGCCAAUCUUAAGCCUUUUCGAGACAAUGGUAAUUAAUGGUCUCUGGGGUCGUGUUGGCCCAUCUCUUUUUUACAGUCUGGAAAAGCACAAUGAGUGUCUGGGGUUCAUAAUAACUAUUGUAUAAUUUACAUCUGGGUCGCAACAGAAAAGAGUAAAAAUGAGAAAGGACAAUGGCAAUACUAUUUUAAAAAAUAAUAAUAAAUUAUGGCUCUUGCUUGAUUUCUGAACCAAACUUUAAAGCACAAACCAGAGCAAACAGCAGGUUUUUGCUGGUUGGCGAUUUGUUCACUUAUGUUACAAGGGAUACAUGUGUGUAGCUUAACAUGGAUUAGAAUGUUUGGUGCAUAACCUAUUGUCUUAAGCCAUUCCUUACAAGGUGGGUGUUUAAAUUUCCUGGGGAGAGCUGGAAUUCAACCCAAGCUACUGCCGUCAGCUGAAGCCACUUCUGCCUGAUGGUUCACACAAAUGAAGCUGUGGUUCAGCAUGCUGCUAUUAGAGGUUUACUCUGUUGCAGUCUUCUCAGUGAAUUAAUGCUAAACCAGUGUCACGCUAUAUCAGCAAAUGUCAUCCAGCUGGAGAUUGCCUUUUAAACAGAAAAGCAAAAGUAACAUAUGGCAACCACUGCACCUAGUGAAUCCCAGUUUCCAAAAUCUUCAUGUGCCAGUCUAAGUUUCUCGCUUGCAUUUUAGCUCUGUCAGUAAAUCUAGACUAAAUUAGAUUUGGGUGCUAUAUUAUUUAGCAGCUUCUCAUAUAUAUGAAAUUGUAUGAUGUUGCUCUGAGGCUAGAGGAAAUGUAGUACUGCAUACCAGGAAAGGCUCUCACAUUUGGAUUCUUUAGAAGCUGUCAGUACAGUUUCUAAGUCCAGGAUCUGUUCAUUAACUGUAUGUCAAGCUGGGGUUAGUAUGCUUAGAUCACUGAAUGCUAAACAAGUAGAUCUGAAGGGAGCAGCACUUUCAGAGCUGAGGCAUUCUCCCUUAAUACAUUAUUUUGGUUUUGCUUUUUUUUUUAUAAUAUAUUUUAAAUGAUUCUUAUGACCAUUUUCUUGAAAAUACUAGAAAAAUGCAAAGACUUAGUGGCUUAGCUGAAAAAUCGGUGGUGAAGUUCUUAACUGUCACGGCAAUAAAGAUUAGUUGAAUAUUCAGUUCAAAUGCUGGCAUCAGGAGGAAGAGUACUGAAGCUCAUGCAUUUAUUUCUGGCUUGCGUAAAAUGAUGUGCAAUAAAGUGGGGAAACUAAUGGAUUUUGUGGUUUCUCCAUGUUACAUUUUUAUAUCUUUAGACCAGGCCACAGAGUCCACUUUCUCUUAGUUCUUCAAGUGUUGGGAUUGUUUCCACUCAUUUUCUUUAUUCCUAGUUCAAUUUUUCUGUCUGUCUUGGUCACUAAUGGAUGACAAGAAACAAUGACCUAGAGUUUGUAUUCUGCUGCCUUCAGCUCCCUUCUGCACAAGAGCUUUUCAAUCUGCAAGGGUUGGAUCUUGAAGAGAUAAGGAUUCUGCCCACCAGCUACUCUCCUUGCUCCAUGCCACAUCUUAACUCAGAGGAGGAGGUGCUGGAGACACUAAUUGCAGGUGUUCUGUACUGUGGACAUGCUUGGUCAUAGGUUGGGCUGCCUACAGUAGUCAUCGAGGUCACUGCUUCAAACCAUCCUGCUAUUUUAGGACUGGUAGAUGAGCAGUUAAGGCACACAUGUUGGAGUAGCAACUCUCAGCAAGAGGAAGAGCUGGGGGGACAGGGUUAGCAACCUGUUAAUGAAGUCUGGGACUUUGAAGUGUUACAUUGUGGUGCAGUUAGCGCAAGGUCUUUGUACCACUGAACUCUCACAAAGACUGGGUUUUCUGUCCUUUGUGCCUCCUGUGAUUGACACAAUACAAUAUUGAAUUUUGCCUUUCUAUUUUGCAGUGAACGAGAGGAUGUGUCAUGGUGGGUAGCUUGAGUUCUACAUGUAUUGCUUAGCAGAGGCUUUGAUUUGUCAUAAGUAAUCUCAAUAGAAAUGCACUUUGUGAUGAUCCACUGUGUAAAUGAGAUGCAUGAGACUACUUUACACAAUACCAGUAUGAGUUGCUUUACAGCCUCUUACUUUAAGCAUACCAGCAUUUAUAGGAUGUGUUACCUAAUAGCAAAUCAAGCAGUACAUUUCAGACGGUUGUUUGGCAUAAAAAAAAAAAUUAGCUUAGAAGAGAAAGAUAGAGGUUUACAAAUAUGUUGCUAAUGCAGGGUCGGGGAGAUCUGUAGUGAGACUGGCAGCAUGAAAACAAGCUGCAGGAUGGGAAUUUAUUCUUUAACGUUUUCUUUAUUUAUAGCCUCAGCAAUAGUCUGAGGGUAACCAGAAAACUUGAGGCAUAGGAGUGUGUGCAAUGCUGAUUCUGUACAAAGUAGCUGUGGUAUUUAGUAAUUGGAAGCAAUGAAUCAUGAAACAGGAGGUCUGGAGUCAGAGGUGCUGAUGGCUUAUUAACUAUUUGCUAAUUUAAUUUUUAGGUAAGUGUUAAUUGUUCAUAAUCUUGAAUCUUUGGGAAUUCUCAGAAUUCCAAAGAUUCUUGUUAACUGCUUUUAAAUAGUGGAUUAGUCAGACCACAGAGCACAAUGUAAUAAGUCUUUUAGGAAGUCCUGUAUUUAGAAAAGGUGCCCAGACUUCUCUUACAAUGUUGCACCGUAUAAUUGCAAGAGCUGUAUGAAGUGGUAGAACAGUUUUUAUAGGGAGUCUUGUUUUGUUUUGUCUUUUUACAGUGGUGUCACUUGUUUGAAAACAUAUUCCCAGAAGUUUGGAAAUACAGAAUUAUGGGGAUCAAAACAGUAAACUCAGCAACUCCAAAUAUUAAAAUGCGAUGCGUACGCGGUUUUUGAAGUUGAAAUAUCAGGAGUCAGUGAAGUCCUUUAAAUAUGCAGUGAAAGAUAUUUUGUUCAAACCGUUGUGCGAAUGGAAUUCUUUCCCAACCCUUAAAAAUAUGAUCACCUGGAUUUUAAAACCGAGAUGCCAGCAACUGUGUGAUAACACCUACAUUAUUUCUGCCACAGCAGAAAUGACAGGUUGACUGGCAAAUGUUCACUUCCAGAUCUGUGCCAGUAACAUUAGAGAUGUUUCUAUACAAACAGAAAAUUGGCUUUUAGUGGCUUGCACUGAAUUAGAAAUAUAAAGGGAAAAAUUCUUGAGAAAGCUGGAAAUGCAUGUUUUCUUCCACUUCUGGUCUGUUAUAUGAGUCAAUCAGAAAUGUACUGCUAGCAAAGUUUAUAAAAACAUACGCUUAGUACAGGCCACCAGUACGUACUUCUAUGCCUUUUUUGGUUAAUAUUCCUCCCAGUUCAAGGAAAAAAAUGAAGAUUUCCUUGUGUGUCCUAAGAAGAAGAAUUUGUGCAGGAAGCAAGAGGGCAGUGCACGGCGCGUAGCACUGUGUGCCUGAGCUUGCGGUGCGGCUGCGGGAAUGCAGGGGGCUCACUGCGCUGCGGCUGCGGGCUGGGAGGACACCGUUAGGAAACACCUUGGAUGCUUCCGGAGGCAAAUUUGCAAUUGUGUGCAAUUGUGUGCUCAGCUGUCUCUGGGAGCGUUACCAUGCACUGACUGCAUGGCGAGUGUCUGCUUUCACAGCUCACCCUGCACAUGCUAUGUGUUCCUGAAUGUGCUGUUACUUUUAAUCACCUCUGCAUUAAUAACCAAUUGUUGUUUUGAAUUUAGCGAUGAUGGGAGAGCUGGGUAGCAGUACAGAGCUGUUAGAAUGACUGCCUGGGCUGAGUCAAACCGUACCUUCUUUUAUGUCAGUACUGUUCCAGAGCAAUGGUGGCAGAUGCAGCCUGUAGCUUUACGCUCACUUCCCAGCUUUUACAGCCACUGGAGGUAACAACGUUUAAUUGCAGUGCAGUGUUUGUAGCUAACAACAACAGAAACCUUGUCAUUUUCCAACUGCUUUU